AUGAAGACGUUGUCGAUGUGCAUGGCAGCAUGUCUAUGCCUCCUAUCUACAACCAUAGCUUCUAACACUCACAAGGGAGAUUUCUUCUGUGGUCACAAGAAGAUUCCCUUCGCAGCUGUGCAGUCAUCUGCUAAAAGAGCCUGUAAAAGUCUCAGGAAUGUGGAAAAUUUUCACACACUCCCGGCUGCAUACAGUGGUACUACGACGCUGAACAUUGACGAUGCCAUCCUUUUUUCCUGGCCCAUCGAGAAGAAUGGUGGGACACAUUCCGAAGUAUUUCUUGAUAAACUUCGUGUCGUCAUUAACUCGAAAUGCAAAUUUAUCGGUGCCGUGGUGAAGAACAAAGAUUCUGGUGAUAAGCGCUGUAUUCAAUCUGUCAAUAGUCCUCUUACCCUGACCCUUUCUUCCGGCACAAAAAAGAACGAAAAGCCGAAUAUUUAUGGCUACCACUGCCGGGACAGAUUAAUUACGCAAAAAAUAGUUCAAAUCACCAAAUCACAAGCUAACAAGUUCAAAAAGCUCGGAAUUUCUUACCACGAUAGUAUCCCGGCCGCAGAAAAAUUGAUUCUGAAUAAAAUGUUCAAAACACAAGUUACUCUUUUCCCAAUUGACAUGUCCAACUCACCAUCUAAGCGUCCAAGUAUGUCCAAGAGUCCAUAUCAGGCCGUGCUCAAUCAAUUUUUCGACAUAAGAGGCAUGGUGCAUAAGGUCAAGGAUAGGUGGAUUGCAUGCGAGGAAGUUUGGUACUUGAAGGAAGAUAAACCCCUAUUAUCAAGCCUCGGAGUAAAUAGCAUGGGUGAAUCGCGUCCCAAAAACCUCCGAGCACACACAUGUGGGACCCUCGAGUUUUCCGCUACUUCAAUAAGUAGCCAUUUACAGGCCGCCUGUUAUGCCUUGCAAGAUCAAACUACCGCAGAACCCAACAACCACGACAAGUAUCCACUCCUGACCCAAAGCCAUUCGUUUCAGGAUAGUGGCCCCGCUUUGAUGUGGCCAUUGCGAUUACCUGAAGAAGGUACAUACAGCAUGCACGAAAGACAAUUAAAUACUUGCAUGGUCUUCAUCAAUAAAUCAUGCAGAUUUCUUGGCAUUUUUCGUCACACUCCCAAUGAAGAUAUUCCUUGCCUCCAGUCAAAGAUCCUAUCUAGAUCAAGGACUAGGUAA